AUUGCACUGGAGACUGGGGGUGGGGGGAGUGGGGCGAGGCUCGCCGCCGGAACCGGCUAAUGCGACCCGCAGCACGCGCCCUCGCGCCGCGGCCGACCCGGCACUAUGGAGGUAGCCUGCGUGGGAGCGGCCGUGUCCUUGGCUUUGGGGAGGACGCCCAGAUGGCCGCUCCGCCAGAUGCUAAGCUCCAAGGUCCAGUCUCCAGGUUCAUCCCUUUUCGCCCUCUGGGGGUCGCGAGGACGGGAGGCGGCUCUGAGACUUGGGGCAUCGCUGGAGCCACAAAUUUCCAGGGAGAAGAGAGAUGCCGACGCAGCUUCCUGUUCGGCUGAGCUCAGCCUUUCAACUCCUGAGAAAGCCCUCGUAGGCCCCUGACGCAGGCCUUUUUCUUCGUGGCUUUCUCGCUCACUCCAGUGGGAAGGAGGACCCGUUUCAAAGAGCGCAGGGGCCGUGUACCCUUCUCGGCUGCAUCUGAAAGUGCGCUGGUCGGAGUGUCCCCGCGAAAGCGCCUUUUCCCAGGUCCAGCCUCGGGGAUCCCCAGGACCCUCCCCCGCCCCCCCCCCCAACCCCGGCUUGAGUUCCCAGGCCUCGGAUCUGCAGCGCCAAACUCUGCAAGGCGCUGGCGAGGAGUUGGGGGAAACUGGAGAAGGGACAGACACCUAGCACGCCACCCUCAGCUUCCGGGGUGCGAAGGGACCCGGCGGGCAGCAGCCCAGGGAGCGGCGUCGGUUCAUCCAACCACCGCGCAGCCCUUCCGCCCCUCUGCUGGGCACCUCCGUUUUCUCUCUUUCGCCUGAGCCCCUCUAGAUCUCCGCACCUUUCGCUCAGGGAAGAGACUUCCCCGCGCAGCCGCGCUCAGUCCUUCCUCCGGGAUUUUCCUGAGAAUCCCCACGAGUUGGCCACGAUCCCUUUGGGGGGUUUCCUUCCAGCCAGCCCCGAAUCCUAGCCUGGUUCUCGGCGCCCGGAUCGCCCUUGCGCAGGCCGGGAAUCCAAGACCGAUUACCGACUGCGGAAGCGGGUCUCGCCUUGUACCCUUACUUCGGAGGCGCACAGGUUUUUUGCAGGGAGGUAUCCUGGCCCCCUCCCGACCCCUCCAAUCUGGCCUGAGAAACCUGCGCUUGGGAUAGAAACACGACCUUUGGCGGGUGGGGGGGGUGUUUAACCGAAAGCUUGAGAGCCACCGGCCAGCUGUUAUCUGGAGCUGAAGGCUGCGGUAAUCGAUGGGUUAUUUUUACGCGGUAAUAGGGCCCUGUGAUUGCUCUAUUAACCUUUAGACCUGUCUGAGGGACUCUCCGGCUCGCAGCCCCGCUGCGCUGGGGCCUCUAGGCACUGACGCCGACUCCAAACUCAGGCCUGCCACCCUUCUCGCCCGGCUCGGGACGGGGUGCUGAGCCCCUGGAAGAGUCAUCUCAUCGGAGAAGCCCCGCUGGGUUGCCGAGCUCCCCGAGCCCCUGCCUGCUAAGUCUCUUAGAUUAGUGCGGCGGCGCCGCAGGCUUCAGAGGAAACGGAAAAAUCGGAAGGCAGGAGGCCGCAGGGGCCGGGAGCUUCGCCAGGAAAGCGUGGACUUUUUGCAUAAACACAAAACUGUAGGCAGGAGCCUCACGGACUCCCUGGGCUACUGCGAAGGUAAAAGGGAGGGCGGGUUAGGUCUCCGCGCUCCGAUUGAGGAGGCCCAUCAAAGUUCGGUGUCUCUUCCACUUACCCGGGAUCUUGGACUACGAGGAUCCCCACUACCCACUAUCACCCGGAGCCUUGCAGCCAGCCGGGGCACUCCCCGGUGACCUAGUGCCCCACACCCGAGCCAGGGUCGCUCCCAAGAGGUCACCUUCCCCUUAUCGGCCCCGCCCCUCGCCCACCGCGUCCCUAGCCUCGGCUGGAACCCGACCACCAGGAGGCGUGGGGAGGAGGGACGAGGUGGAAGGCAGGGGAGGUCUCAUUAAUAAAGCUGAUCCAGGGCAAAACCGCAAAAUCGAAUCGACCUCAAGCAGGGCGUGAGGUGGGGUGAAGCCCCGCGCCCGGGCGGAAGCACUUUGCCGUUUUCCGAGGAGAUCCCAGAGCCUGGACUUUGCCUGCUGGGGGAGUUUUUUUGAACAGCCCCGCAGCCCGGCGCCCGGUGGAGGUGCAGCCGCCUGGUCGCACUCUCCGCCCCCUUCCCUUGCACGUGACUCCCGCGGGCCAGUCAACGCCGGCGAGCCGGGCGCAGGGGCCAGGGGCUCCGCGCCGCGAGCCGGGGGACUCCGCGGCGGCCGGCGGGGAGGCUGCGGGAGCUCUGCCGCCGCCUAAGCUGCCGCGGCGCCCGGGGGAGCGCGCGCUGGCCUCCAGGAAGCUCGAGCCCCGGCAGACGCGGCUACAUCUCGGAGGAAAGGAGCCGGCCCGGGCCUCAGCCUUGGAGCCAGCCUACCGCACCCUGUGCCCGAGGCCCGGGGGUUCUGACGACGGGCCGGCCCGCGUCGCCCUGCAGGAGCUCCGCGCCCCGGCGCCACCCCGCGCCUUCGGAUCCUGUAGGACCUUUAGUGGACUCGCCCCCCACCUCUCAGCUCCACCACCAAGGGGAACAACCGCAAAUUCAAUCUGGGAUUUUCCUGAGUAAACCAGAAUCUCAGUCUUUUUGCUCAACGCUGGAUUUAAUAUGUAUAUAAUUUUGAAGGAGUUGUGUUUGUUUUUAACCUUUGAUUUUUGAUCUUCGGUUUUUUUGACAGCCCCUCCCCCGUACGUUAUUCGCCUUUUUUUUUUUUUUAAUUUUUGUGUUACUAUUUUGUCUCCCUGCAUUACUGCUUGGCCCGAGGACUCGGACGCUGCGAGCGCGCGCGGGGCGAUGUACCAGAGCCUGGCCAUGGCCGCCAACCACGGGCCCCCUCCCGGGCCCUACGAGGCGGGCGGCCCGGGUGCCUUCAUGCACGGCGCGGGCGCCGCGUCCUCGCCUGUCUACGUGCCCACGCCGCGGGUGCCCUCCUCGGUGCUCGGCCUGUCCUACCUCCAGGGCGGAGGCGGGGGCGCGGCCUCCGGGGCCGCCUCGGGCGGCAGCUCGGGAGCCGCGCCGUCGGGCGCGGGGCCCGGGACGCAGCAAGGCAGCCCAGGCUGGAGCCAGGCGGGCGCCGAGGGAGCCGCCUACACCCCGCCGCCCGUGUCGCCGCGCUUCUCCUUCCCGGGCACCACUGGGUCCCUGGCCGCCGCCGCCGCCGCCGCCGCGGCCCGGGAAGCCGCGGCCUACAGCAGUGGCGGCGGGGCUGCCGGCGCGGGCCUGGCGGGCCGCGAGCAGUACGGGCGAGCCGGCUUCGCGGGCUCCUACUCCAGCCCCUACCCCGCCUACAUGGCCGACGUGGGCGCGUCCUGGGCCGCGGCCGCCGCCGCCUCCGCCGGACCCUUCGACAGCCCGGUCCUGCACAGCCUGCCCGGCCGAGCCAACCCCGCCGCGCGACACCCCAAUCUCGUAGAUAUGUUUGAUGACUUCUCGGAAGGCAGAGAGUGUGUCAACUGCGGGGCCAUGUCCACCCCUCUGUGGCGGCGGGACGGGACAGGACACUACCUGUGCAACGCCUGCGGCCUCUACCACAAGAUGAACGGCAUCAACCGGCCCCUCAUCAAGCCCCAGCGCCGCCUGUCUGCCUCGCGCCGAGUGGGCCUCUCCUGCGCCAACUGCCAGACCACCACCACCACGCUGUGGCGCCGCAACGCCGAGGGCGAGCCAGUGUGUAAUGCCUGCGGCCUCUACAUGAAGCUCCAUGGCGUCCCCAGGCCUCUUGCAAUGCGGAAAGAGGGGAUUCAGACCAGAAAACGGAAGCCCAAGAACCUUAACAAAUCAAAGACACCAGCAGGUCCCUCAGGCAGUGAGAGCCUCCCUCCCACCACCAGCGCUUCCAGCAGCUCCAGCAGUGUGGCCGCCAGCAGCAGUGAGGAGAUGCGUCCCAUCAAAACAGAGCCCGGGCUGUCAUCCCACUACGGGCCCAGCAGCUCCCUGUCGCAGACGUUCUCGGUCAGUGCGAUGUCUGGCCAUGGGUCCUCCAUCCACCCAGUCCUCUCCGCUCUGAAGCUCUCCCCGCAAGGCUACGCGUCCUCUGUCAGCCAGUCACCACAGGCCAGCUCCAAGCAGGACCCUUGGAACAGCCUGGCCUUGGCUGACAGUCAUGGGGACAUAAUCACUGCAUAAUAUCACCCCUUCCCUCUUCGGAUUCCUGCCCGGACUUGGGGACACGGGGGACAGCAGAGAUGAGGCUCUGGGCUCCAGGGUGCCGGCCUGCUCUGUCUGGGAAUGACUCCAGACAACAACUGGGAAGAAACUUGAAGUCAAUGAUUUGCUUAGGGGAUUUUAGCGCAUACCUUUUUAAGGUGGGGGACUGGAGAGCUCAGACUCUGAUCAGGAGGAGCCCACCACCCCCUUCACUAGGAGCACACCUCAGCCCCUCCCACGGAGCUGCAGACUUUUCUCAUUUUCCUGCCCCGUCACCCCCGACAAGAGACGAGAAGUCCUUCUCCCCUGUUUCCACCACUGCACCCAAGCUGGUGGCCUUUCCACGGUGCUGCGGGCACCGGGGAUCCCAGGGCAGGUAGAGCGGGCAUCUGUUGUUGGACCGCCCCGCGGCCGGUCCUGCCCUCGGCCAACACUCCCCUUCGGGCUCAGUGCGCCCGCAUCCCUCAUAUUGAAUCUUGACUCCAGAAACACUGCGUGUAGGGCCAGUGUUACCAGAUGCUGCGUGGGGAGAGUGGCUUCCGCAAACUCGCUACCUGGCAACCUCGUCUCCCUGCAAGUUUCUUCCGCGGCUCAAAUCGCUCCUUUUCUUCACCCCCGCCCUCCUCGAGGCCUCUGCAAAGAAACGCCCCUCCGCUGCUCUCGGUGAUUCUGCUCAGCCUGCAGUUUGAACUAGUCCCUGAAUCCUGCUUCCGCCUGAUCACGCUCAGGGGGGUUCCUAAGAACAAAAAAGGUUCUGCUGCUGAAGCGAAUUUGACUAGCAGUCAUCUAAGACUUGAGAUCCUUCUGGACAGGAUGUCUGGUGGACGGCCUCCCCCAACCAGGCUGGGGCUGCGCUGCGUGGGGCGGGGUUGUUGGCCUGGAACUUGCGGAUGCGCUGUGGUUCCCUGGAAACACACCUGUUGCCUGGGCCGCGGGCCGAGUCCAUCUGAGGGGCGCGCGCUGCCUGCACCCGCGUCCUUUCUCCAGCAGAAGGCGUCUGUCCAGGAGGCAAAAAUGCUAGGGAUUUUCCAAUAUAUAUUUAAACAAACACAACACAACUCAUGGAAGAAAGACGACGAGCGAUGAGAGAAGAUACAAGGGCGCGAGGGGGCGCCUGCCGCUCCCUCGGUUCGGCAAUCGGCCUCCUCUCCGCGUUCCUAUCUCUACUCUUCUACCCGUGACCCGGGGCUCGCGAAGUUGCUGCCUUCCGUGCCCUGGCUGCCCGCAGAGUGUAGCUGACUGGCCUUCCUCUGUGCUACUCCACAAACACCCAGCCCCCGCCCCGCAAUCCUCCCGGCGGUAGCAGGGUUAUCUUUAAACCCAAGAUCUGUUUUAAUCAUCAUUUACAUCGGCUUUCUUUUACGAAAGCCGCCCCCACCCCUUGUAUACCCUUCCCUAACCCACAAAACUGCUAACGUUGUCUUAAGGUGAAAUGGCUGUAAAAUCAGUAUUUAACUAAUAAAUUUAUCCGUAUUCCUCUUUC